CGCGCGAACGACUCACGGCCUUCUUAACACGAGUCACAUUCUUACAGUUUACUACGCCCUCGAUUCCACCAUGAAUAUCCUCACUCUCGUUCUACUUACAGCUUUCGCCAUCCUCACAGGCGCAAACCCAGUCCCCAACAACGCCUCUAUCAUCCCUCGCUCACCUCCACAAGUACCAGCGCACGAGCGUCGAGGGAUUGCGUUCAACAACGCGGACUUUGUUCACUACUUUGCCGUCGAGGGGACUCACGCGACGUGGUGCUACAACUGGGACUCAUGGUCUCCUCGCACUGACGCUUGGUACCCAUUCAUCCCCAUGCUACACUCACUACGACCUGAUCAUACAGGGCCAUGGAUGGGUCGUGUGGAGCAGGCGGCGCGGGAUGCAGGUGACGGGCCGACGCAUUUGCUGGGGUUUAAUGAGCCUGAUAUUUGCCAGCCUGGUGCGGGUGGUUCCUGCAUCAGCGUAGGCGAUGCCGUCGCGGGAUGGAAGACGCAUGUCCAGCCCCUCAAAACUCUGAAGGAUAAGAUGUAUCUUGGGUCUCCUUCUGUCUCCAACGCUGCUGCAUCUGGUUCCACUGGGUUGGGUUGGUUGGCCAAUUUCAUUCGUGCUUGCAGUGGUUGCACUAUCGACUUUAUUACGAUCCAUUGGUACGAUCGAGCUGAUAACGUCGGCUACUUCAAGAAGCACAUCGAGGACGCCCGCAAGGUCGCUCAAGGCCGGCCCAUUUGGAUCACCGAGUUCAAGGCCGAAGGCACGGACGAACAGGUCAAGCGUUUCUUGGACGAAGUGAUUCCCUGGAUGGACCAGUCGAGCGACAUUCAUCGUUAUGCGUAUUUCAUGGCUCGGUCUGGCCCCGGUAUGCUUAUUAACGACGCCCAAAAUGGUAUGUCGGACCUUGGAGCUUACUAUAAUUUCCACCAUCGACGCUAG